AUGGAAAAGAGAAGUGCACCAAGUAGUUCAUUUACCAGUGCAAUGUCAUUAACCCUAAAGGGGUUGGAUCAUGUACCUGGGCAUUAUGUUCUUCCCCUUUCUCAUCGUCCAAAUCAUACAAGUUCUGAAACUCCCCUCAGACUUCCCAUAAUAGAUCUUUCCUGUCUACAUCAACCUUCACUAAGGCCCUUGGUGAUAGACAAAGUUCGCACUGCCUGCAAGCAGCUUGGUUUUUUUCAGGUCGUCGGACAUGGAAUACCUCCUUCUGUGAUAACUGAGGCCAUAGAAGCUGCAACAGAUUUCUUUGAUAUGCCUAUUGAGGAGAAGAUGCACCUUGAAUCCAGUAACGUGCACAACCCUGUGAGGUAUGGUACAAGCAUGAACCAUGUCAAGGACAAAGUUUAUUUCUGGAGAGACUUCAUCAAGCAUUACUCUCACCCACUUCAAACUUGGAUCAAUCAAUGGCCUUCAAAUCCUCCAAGUUACAAGGAGAAGAUGGGAAACUAUGCAAAGGCGGCGCACAUGCUUCAAAACCAACUGAUUGAACUAGUUUUUGAGAGUUUAGGGUUAAAUCCUAAAUACUUACAUGAGGACAUUGAAGCGGGUGCGCAAGUCUUGGCUGUCAAUUGCUAUCCAGCAUGCCCUGAACCAGAUCUUGUGCUAGGCAUGCCACCACAUUCAGACUAUGGUUCUCUAACAAUCUUACUCCAAAGCAGGGAGGGCCUGGAAAUCAUGGACCAAGAUAAGAAGUGGCAUCAUGUUCCAGUUCUUCCAGGUUCUUUAAUAAUCCAGCUAGGAGACCAGAUGGAAGUCAUAAGCAAUGGCCACUAUAAGAGCACAAUUCACAGAGCAACAGUUAACAUGGAAAAGAGGCGAAUCUCAAUUGCCAGUCUCCACAGCUUGGGUCUGAAUAAGAAAGUUGGACCAGCAAUGGAGCUUGUAGACGAGCAACAUCCAAUGUCCUAUUCAGAAGGAAGCUUCAAUGGCUUUCUACACUACAUAUCUGGAAAUGAUAUCAUGGAGAAAAGUUAUAUUGAAACCUUAAAGAAGAAUCCAUAUUAAGUAAGAUCAAGUUGUCCAUCUAAAUUUAAGAGAACAUUUAGAGAUCUGCAUGUAUGAUAAUAAU